UCUAUUUGUUUUUGCUUUUUAGAAUAGCAUAAAAUCCCUACUGACAGCCUCUACUUCAUCGAGACUCAAUUGUGAAUUCCCUUUUCAAAGCACUCUUUUUCUCGCCGGAGAUUCUUCGACGGAGAAAGGAAACUCGGUUAUUCAUCACCUGAUAGUCCGUUGAGAUGGGAAGCAGCAGCGGUAGCGAUGUAGAAGCGGGAUUCGCGAAGCUACAAGGUGAAGAUUUCGAGUAUUACAUGCAAACUUACUCCAUAAUCCUUGGCCGGAAUUCCAAAAAAUCAACGGUAGAUGUCGACUUAUCAUCUCUCGGUGGCGGAAUGAACAUCUCCCGCCACCAUGCUCGCAUCUUCUACGACUUCCAACGACGUCGUUUUGCCCUCGAAGUACUGGGCAAAAACGGGUGUUCAGUUGAAGGUGUUCUUCACCUUCCCGGUACCCCACCCAUCAAGCUAGAUUCUCAAGACCUUCUUCAGAUCGGAGAUAAAGAGUUCUAUUUCCUCCUUCCAAUUCGUAGCAUCCUUGGUGGGUCCAGGGGACAACAUGUCAAUGCGAAUUAUCCGGUGGCGGGUCCUGCCGCCAUUGCCCAUCAUCACCAGCAGCAGCAGCAUUUGUCACCGUCUCCUGCUGCGAAUGUAGGUGCGGGAUAUGGUGGGGCAGUGAACAAGGGCUUGUUCAGAGGGAGAGAGUAUUACGAGGAGGAAUAUGAUGACGACGAUGAUGAUGGUGGUUCAGUAGGUAAGAAGAUGAGGAGGGGUGAAGGUCCUGAGGGUGGCGGCUAUGGGUAUGGUUCGUGUGGUUCCAGUGGGAAGGCUUCGAUUUCUGGGCAAUUAGAUAAGAAGAUAGAUGGAAGAUUUCGAGCUGACAGAGAUGCUGACAAUCAGCAGCUCUUGCUGUUAGAAGAAAAGGAUGUUGUAUCAUCUGUAGCUAAUGUGCUUUCUGAUCUCUGUGGUCCAGGAGACUGGAUGCCAAUGGAGAAGCUUCAUGCUGAGUUGGUCGAACACUAUGGCGAUACCUGGCACCAUAGUCGAGUGAGGAGGUACCUAACAUCAGAGGAUUAUCCCAGCCCAGAAGCCAAAACAAAGCCAUGGUAUGGAUUGCUGGUGCUGUUGAGGAAGUAUCCUGAGCAUUUUGUCAUCAAUACACGAUCCAAGGGACGAGUGACUUUGGAGUUCGUUUGUCUUGUCUCACUACUUUCGUGAGAAAUUGUAUGAUACUUUUUAGCUGUGUAGCUUAGCUUUAGUUGAGCCUCAAGCCACUGCGUUCAAACAUGGGGCAUUUAUGGUGGACAAAAUUACUUGCUAGUUUUGCUGGUGUGAAACAGCUGAUAACUCUGAUAAAAUAAUCGAGAUGUGCGCAAGUUAAGCCAAACACUUCUGUAUUACUGCGUAACAAUUUCUCAUACUUCCUAGAAACAUUAAAAACGAUCAAAAGAAAUUGAAGAAUUCAUCUUUUUUAUAUUAUAGUUCAGCAUAAGGGAGAGUUACAAAUUUUGAA